AUGAGUCAAGACAACAACUCUAACUGGCAGGGAGAGGGAAACCCUGACUUCAACCCCCUUGCUCCUCCUCUUGGGGCAAGCGACAUCUAUGCUGCACACGGAGGCAUCCCUGACAACUCGUCAACAGGUCAGGCAAACAGCAUGGCAUUCAACAAUGCCAACGCCACGUCGUCUACUAUGACGACGCAAUCAGGAAUGGCUUCAGGGAUGUCUUCGGCGAGCUCUAUGUCGCCAAUGCCCCUUAUGCAUCAUCAUCUACCUCCCACGCCGCAGCCAUCCAUGUCACCUAUUUCACCUAUAACCCCAACUGUAUUUGGGGCAAUGGCCGCUGCCUCUAUGGGCCAGGGCUAUCAAGGCUGGGCAGGCAACAUGAACAUGGCAUUAGCCUAUGGUUCUCGCCAGACCAACCAGAAUGCCCCUGGUAUGCCGAUGGGUUUGCAAAGCCAAGGGAUGCUUCACCAAUAUCAAAUUGGUCAGUCCUCAAUGCCUUCCCCGGCAUCUAUUCCUGGACCUGCCAUGACUCGUCCCCUUAGCUCCAGACCGCCUAUGCCACAACGCCGACUAGGCAUGGUCGGCUCUUCCUCUGGAAGCGGCGCGGACUCUAGUACGUCUGGUCCGGAGCGGGACCCUGCUCAUAGGGUCACGAAGAAGCAGGGAAAGCAGAGGCGAACAAACGACAAAGACGGCGACUUGUCAAUGUCGGACUCGUCAACUCUGAAGUGGAAACCGGGAAUGAGAUUGACCAAGAUCCUUGACUCGUGGCCCGAGGAGAGAAAGGAGGCGACACGGAUCAGAAACGAGAUGAUCUCUAAGUGCAAGGCUGCUCACACGAGAGACCAGAACAGGGUCUCGGCUCGUAAAAGUCGUCAGAAGAAGGAGGACGCACUGCAGGAUGCUAGAAGUAAUGUGCAGAGGCUCCAAGAGCAGAACGCGGCGUUGUCCCAGCAGGUCCACGAGCUUAAUGCGAGGAUCAACAUCUACCAGCUUGACAUCCAGAACCGUGGGCAGAGUAUCGCCAUGCUCGCUAGCGACAAUGCCUCUCUCCAGUCGCGAAUCAACCAACUGGAGAUGCAGAUCUUGCAGGGCGGGCAAGGUGUACAGGAACUUCCAGCGGGACAGAUGCCUGCACAACAGCUCACUCCUGUUCUACCUCCUUACUCGAGCCAAGUCCAGAGCCAAAUUCAGGGUUCCAUGUUCAUGCAGAACUCUGAUCCGACUAUGGCUCAAGUCCAGGGCCAGGCCGCGCCAGGUGUAGCUCAGGGCCAGGCUCCAUCUUCUUAUGAUGCCCAGGAAGGUCUUGGGAAUCAAGAACCCCCACGGGGCGGAGACCUGCCUCAGGGUCAAGAAGCAGAGGGAACCUAUACCCAUGCUCUAACCUCUGGCUCGUCUCCAACGAGCACAUCUCAAGACCCGGCCAAGCCAGGAGACCAGGUCGAUGGCAAGGUGGACAAUGGCGGCGACAUCCCCUUCUUUGACUACCAGGGAUUCUUUAAUGACGGCAACCAGGCAUAA